AGAUGACCUAGUAUCUUAUUCCUUCAAGCUAUGCUUAAAUGUUACAACAUAAAGUCUCCUAGGAUGGGACUAAUUUCCUCUAUAUGGGUAAAAGCUUCUACUAAGCUGUUGUCCAAAAUUCAAUCUCAGAGGUCAUCAUUCUCUCAUCUCUUAACCCCUUCCUUUCCCUACACACUCACAAUUUAUCUGUCGUAUUAGUUAAAUGGAAACUUUUAUUUAAAAUGUUAUCGUCAGAAAACAUUGGCCCUAUUUCAAAAUAAUUUCACAGAUAUAUUCUUUCCGUGACCAAAACUGUUCAAGCAAGCUUUGCAAAUCAGAUGGGCCAUCAUGGCCCUUCUGUAAAAGAUAGACGUGUACUAUGUUAAGAAGUCUGGAUAGAAAGAAAAAGAAUUUUCAUGACUUUUUUUUCGAAAAUGUUUUUGCAUUAUAUAAAAUAUAUUUUGUAGUUUGUAUGACAUGAAAUAUAACACGAGCACAGGUUACAACGGCCACGCUCCAAGUAUCACAAAAAUAACCAAACCACACAUUGAAUCAGAUUUCUUGAAUAACAAAAAGCGAAAAUCAAAAUGUCUGUCUACAAGUUGCAGGAUUUAAAUAAUUGUCAUAUGUGGAGUAGGCUUUUUAAAGUCACCUUUGAUUCCAAAAGAAACAACUGAUAAAGAAAUAUAAUAUCUCUUCUUUACAUUUAUGCAGGCAAAUUUCAGGACUAUUUUAACUGUGUUUGAUAAUUUUAUCAGGUCCUCUAAAAGUGUCUACUGUAGUGUGCACUACUGCCGGAAAUCUGCACUUCAAGUUUGUUCUACAUGCAGUCUGUCCACGUUGGUCAGAAUACAAACCAAUUACAGAGGGUAGCUUGCUGCAGUGUUCAGACGAUCUGAGACAUACAAUCACAAGUUGUUUGAUGAUGGCAGAAAGUAAACAACUUGAAUCCAUCGUGAUGUCAACUAUUAGUUCCGGUGCGUUUGGAGUCCCAAGAGAGAUUUGCGCAGAGCAGUAUGCAAGGGCAAUACUUGAAUUCGGCGGCAAAAAUAAAUCAUUACGUGAAAUUCACAUCGUCGACAAUAAUCACGAAAUGAUUGACAUUGUCCACAAAACAUUUUCCACCAUGAUCAAUGAAAGAAAACCCACACCAUUCACACUAAGUGUUUAUGUGGAACAGUCAGCGGGACAAGCCACUUUGACAGAUGAAGGGAACAAGAAUACUGAUAAUAGAAGAAACUUCAAGUGUACGGGAAGGGACAGACCAAACUCUACCACAGAUUUUAUUAGGAAAGAAUUGUUGUACAAAUCUUUUGGGGAUAAAUUGGUAUGUUCAUUUGCUUCGUCUUACGAAGUUCAAGUGUAUGCUGGAAAUAUAUUGCACCUUGAUGGUAUCCCUGCUAUAGUGUGCAGCGAAACAAGUAAGGGAGAUGCCAAAGGAAAUAUAUCAAAAUUUUUGUUGGAAAACGGGGGUUCGGAGUAUAGACGUAAUAAAGAAACGCAAUUUGGAAGUCAUCGAAACAUUGGCGAAGUAAUUACCACAAAAGGCGGAAGAAACAAAUACAAUUGGAUAAUACAUGCGCUUGCCUCCAAAGAAGAUCUGAAUAUACUCGCCUGUUUAUACAGACGGGUAUUCGAAGAGGCGAAGACAAGAGAACUUCAUGCCAUUGCUUUACCAUUGCUUGGAACUGCAGGUGAAAUUAUAGGUCCAGUGGGUAGUACACAGACGUUGUUUAAUGAAUGGAUCCAGUUUUGUCAAAAGAACACGAAGUUCGGGCUCACAUUACAUUUGGUGAUAAAUGAAGAGGUCAUUGCUAAUAUAGUGAAAGAUGUUUUCAAACGAUGCAUUGAUGAAAUGAAACAGAAAAUCAACGACACCGACAGGGUUCAUUUGCCUAAAGAGCAGAGUACAAAGCCAAGCAGUGAAGUUGUAAAUGAGAAUCUAGCAGCUGCAGACGAAAACUGUGUCAUCUGUAUGGACAAAGUCACCGAUGCAAAGAAACUGAAAUGUGGACAUACAUUUUGCACAGAAUGUAUAGAAGGCUAUUUUCGUGUAAAGAAUGUAUGCCUGACAUGUGGGAAAGUUUGCGGCACAAUUACAGGGGACCAGCCAGACGGAAUAAUGAUAAUUGGUAAACAGCUAUCGAGUGUUGCAGGAUUCGAAAAAUACAAAAGCAUCGCCAUCACUUACUGCUUCAGUGACGGAAAACAAUGGAGUGUCCACCCUCGGCCAGGAGAGCCUUACAAAGGUAUAAGACGUAGUGCAUAUUUACCUGAUAACAAAGAAGGCAGGAGGAUAUGUGCAAUGUUGAAGAUAGCUUUUACGCGGCGAUUGGUCUUCACGAUUGGAACUUCAAGGACCACCGGCAAGGAAUGUGUGAUAACUUGGAAUGAUAUACACCACAAAACAGACAUGAGACCAAAUACACAGUUCGGUUAUCCUGACGAGACAUACCUACAGAGAGUACGUGAGGAACUAGAAGCCAAAGGUGUUACUCGGCAAGAUGUCGAGACGGAAUUAAUCGAAGAAUUAAAAGAUGAUUAUUUCAAGAAAACCUUUACGACAAACACGAAAUUAUAACUGUUUAUGAAUAUUCAACUGGAAAUAUGUUUUAGGGGUAUAUGUAAAAUACAGAAGCGAGGCCAAGUUCUGUUUUAUCUUCAAGGGUAUUUCCCUGCAUUUCCCUGCAUUACCUGGGACCCGUUUCAUGAAGCUUACUUAGGACAAAGUAAAACUUAGGACUUACGAACAUCAUAUAAAGAAGUUAAAUGUUAACUACAUUGCAUUUGGCUUUUGUUAAUAUAUCAGCCAAAGAAAAUUAAGAUAAAUCUGUCUUAAAGUUGAUUUUAUGACACCUUUUUAUAAAGAUACAAGUCAUAAUCUAUAAAAAUUACGUGUGUUAAAAUUCCUUACUUCGGAGAGAAAACAGAAGAGAGUGAAACUCAUGCACUUUUAUGAAACGAUCUUAUGUCAAUAUCCUUAUGCGGUAUACAAAAGCAUAGUUCUACUCCAAUGUUUGAGCGAAAUGUCAAAAAAAAAAAGAAUAUGUGCCGUAUGUCUUUAAUACUAUGCAAUAGUAAUAUGAUGUGCUAGCCUCUGUUUCAAGUCCUCGACUUGACAGGUUAUGAAAGUUAUACAUAAGGUAGACUUAGACUCAUUGUUAUUUUUAUAUGAAAUAGAGUAUAGAGAUAACGCAUGUUUUUUUCCUGUUUUAACAUCCUCAGAAUCCCGAAGGAUUGGUUGGUGCCCGAGCGGGGUAGAGCGAGUGUUCCAACGAUUCCCUAUGAAUUCUGAAGAUAUUUUAACAUGAAAUGAACAUGCGCAAACGCUAUUCUAGCAUAAAACGCGUAAUGACUAAUAAAUGAACAUAUUGUCCCUCAGUGUCAUUAAAUUUCCACGACACGGGAAUGUCUGCGUUUUUUUCCAAUGACGUUAUUUCCUAUCGAAUUAUACGUUUUGGGGCCGUAAUACGUUUUUGCUUUGCCACGGAAUGUGCAUAUAUAAAAAGGUGUUUUAACAGAAUGUGAGCGCGGGAAUCUGUCUGUCAAAACUCGUUAAACACCCCUGAAAAGCGAUAAGAACAGCAAUUUCAUGCUAGAAUUCCACACAAUCUAUGAGGGACGUUACGCGUUUCAUCAUUUCUUAUAAACCUAUGCUUUCAAAAGAUCUUUGUGUAGGGUUCUCGUCAGGCUAUUAUCGCAUCUUUACACCCAAAUUGCAGUUUAUCUUCUAAUUUGGCAUAAACAGUUGCUGUGACAAGGCUACGUGUCUGUUGCAGAAUUAAGACUCGUAGCUCAAAAUUAGGUUUGACAGAUUUUACGUUUAUCUUUUUUAUUUUUUAUUUAUAUAUAUAUAUAUUUUUUUUUUUUUUGGAAAAUCGUGUUCGGCAAAUUACAUCAGCUUUGUACUUAAGAAAAGGUAUUACGGCUUAAUUAAAAUCAUUACAUCAAAGAGUUUCAGUUUUUCAUUAUUUUCAUUUGUCUUGACAGCUAACGGUGAAUAAAAUUAAAUCUACGUUGAGAUGAAAUUUGACAAAGGUAAGGUUCAUGUAAAGUGUUUUGAAACUGUCCCUCGUGUGAUUUUUCGUUUCAUGUUUUUACACCACAUAAGCAACAUCUAGUUCAAAUAUUUUAGAUAAACAACGCUCAAAUUCCGUUUCAUCCCUUUACUGUUUUUGCCAUAUUGGCUUUAUAUUUUGAAGGCAUUCUAAUAUCAGAAUUCUUAUGUUUUUGACUAGCUAAAAUGCGGCUUUCAUUUGUUCUUUGUUUGAGAUGAAAGACAGAAAUAGAUAAGAUUAAGACAAUAAAAGAUUUAUUUUUACUAAUUGUCACCGUCUCGUAAUGCUAAUUAUAACAAAGUUUGUUGAAACGCGCGUGUAGACUUACUUUUAAAUGGAUUUUUAUUCCCUAUUUUAGCAUUAAUUACAUUUCUGAUUAUUUUUCUUUCUUUUAGAAUUAUUAUUUCUGUUUCAUAUUCUCUUCAUUAUAUUUUCUAUGAAGUUGUUGUGUUGUAAAUUAGCAGCGACAUACAUAAUGCAAUCAUUUGUAAAUAAUAUAUAUUAGUAUUUUUGUCUAAGGCAUAUCUUUUAGUAACCAUAGUAAAAUGUGUCACAACUGAAGAAUAUAAAAUAAGUAAAAUAUAUAGGAAAAUGUUUUGUAUAAAUCGGUAAAAUACGCCGCAAUUACAGUUCGAACCUAUAUAAGCUUGUUGUAGACUAAAGUAUGGGAUAACCUCCCUCCCAACUGCGCAAAUGGUCUGAUCACAGUCAAUUUAUUUCAGUAUCAAACUUUAUAUAAUAUACACGUAACAUCACUUCGGUGGAACUGUUGGUUGUAUAGUGUAUCCGACAGGUAGUUAAGUGGCCAUUCAUCUUUGGGCAAUCGACGUACUUUGUUAGUAUAAUAUUAAAGUCAAAUGGCAGCUUUAAGUAUUUAUGAUACAUUGUUUCAAAUAAUUCCAAUUUUUGAAGGAACUGACCUCCAGAUCGUACGACGACAACAAAAAAAAAGAGAAUCUAUUGAUAUCAGGAAAUUAUUACCAUAUUUUAUAAGACUUUGAAAUUUAGUGACUGGCAUUUUAUAUGUUAUGGAAACAAAGGAAUUAGUUGUUUCACAAAGUUUUCUAUUCAAAAUUAUAAAGUCUUUGUUACGGGGUUCAGGAGGUAAACUGCCUUAAUUUAUAUAAAUCUUUAUAUUUAAUGACCGGCAAGUACGUAUAAAAUUUGGUGUGCUGGAAAGUUUUUUAUUGCCGCCGCGGACCCCGUUCGAUUUCCGACACUCGGGCGUGUAUUUUGGCCUGAUUUGGCAUUUUAAGAUAGUUUAGAAACAAAAUAUCACGUUCUUAUGUUUAAAAUAUGAACAAACUUAUAAAGAAAGAUCACUUUAGCCAAAAUCUGGAGGUCAAUGCCUUUAAACGUUUUAUUUAAUGUGACGAACUGUAGGUUUGAUUUUCUAUCAAGCAUUUGCGCUAAUCUUGAUGCAUUUAAUCAUUAUGGUAUUGAAUACAUAAUGUAUAAAGUUUGUACGACGGGUAUGUUAUUUGUAUUGAUGGUGGGUUUUGUGGUGUAUGGUUAAUGUACAUGACUCUAUCCACACAGAUCACAGAGUGCUUGUUACUAAAUAAUAAAAGUAUUAUACACCGAUUUGGUCUUCUCUGUAUCUUAAGUAUACAGUGUGAGUUGAGAUCAACCGAUCAUUUCAUGUUAUAAAGCAGCUGAUACCGAGAUGAUAUUCGACAGAUAGUGUUAAUGAAAUGAAUGGGUUUAUAUGGUUCAGUGUUUAGAAUAAUUUUUGUUGGUGGUUUUUUGUUGUUGUUGUUUUAUUAAAGUUAAAAUAGACAUAAUGGUUUAAGUAAGGAAUGUCUCGUGCAUUAGUAUUCACUAAUCUAUUGUUAAUCGUGCGUGGCAUGUAUAUUAAGGAAUGUUUUUGUUCAUAGAACAUAAUUGUCAAUAAAUUAAUUGUUUUUCUCCUCAAA